CUUAGAAUGUCCAUGAGCCUACCUCUCAGCUUUAUAAAAUAAGAAGAUCUUGACUACUGGCUGGAAAUGGGUAGUUAAUGAUACUGAGUCUGUUGCUGUUUGGUGCUGAGCUGUGGAAAAGGGUGACAGUAAUCACUGAAGAGAAAUAAUGGCCGUCCAUGAGCCAAAAGACAAAAACAAUGGCGUGUGGCUGAUCUUUUUCAUGCUGGGCUUAGGAACUCUCCUGCCAUGGAACUUCUUUAUGACAGCCACCAUGUAUUUUACCAGCCGUCUCAGCGACCCCUCCCAAAUGGGCACCGACCUGUCAGGCAAUGGGACAGGGGGAGAAGGGGACAACCGUAGCCUUUUGGAGGCCAAGUUCAAUAACGUAAUGACGCUUUGUGCCAUGGUGCCUUUACUGGUCUUCACCUGUCUCAACUCAGUCCUGCAUCAAAGGAUUCCUCAGAAGUUUCGGAUCAUGGGCAGCCUGGCAGUGAUUUUGGUGGUGUUUCUUCUGACGGCCAUCUUGGUAAAAAUAGAGAUGGCACCCCUCCCCUUCUUCACGUUGACCAUGAUCAAGAUUGUCAUCAUAAACUCCUUUGGCGCUAUCCUGCAGGGCAGUCUGUUUGGCAUGGCAGGCCUAAUGCCUGCCAAAUACACCACGCCCAUCAUGAGUGGGCAAGGCCUGGCGGGCACUUUCGCUGCCUUCUCCAUGAUCUGUGCUAUCGCAAGUGGCUCAGAGAUAAAUGAUGCUGCUUUUGGAUACUUCAUCACAGCCUGUGCAGUGAUCUUAUUGGCCAUAAUAUCCUAUGUGGUCCUCCCUAAACUGGAGUUCUACCAAUAUUAUACGAGCCAAAGUGGAAACAGGGUUAGUGAUGAGGAGAACAAGCUGGAUCUUCUCAAGAAAGAAAAUGCUACAGAGAAUAGACCAGUUUUCAAACAAGGAGAAGAGGAGCAAAACGUGUCCAUGUUGACCAUCUUCAAGAAGAUCUGGGUCCUGGCUCUCUCUGUGUGUUUUGCCUUCACCAUCACCAUCGGCACCUUCCCAGCAGUCACUGUGGAUGUCAAGUCUACCAUCGCUGAUGGAGGCACCUGGGAGCUGUACUUCAUCCCGGUGUGUUGUUUCCUGCUCUUCAACCUCAGCGACUGGGUUGGGAGAAGCCUUACUGCUGUGUGUAUGUGGCCUGGGAAGGACAGCAAACUGGUGCCCAUUCUUCUGGUGGCCCGUGUGAUCUUCGUGCCGCUCUUCAUGCUGUGCAACGUUCAGCCCCGCUACAACCUGCCUGUCUUCUUUGAACACGACGCCUGGUUCAUUGUCUUCAUGAUCCUCUUUGCCUUUUCCAAUGGAUACCUGGCCAGCCUCUGCAUGUGCUUUGGGCCCAAAAAAGUUGCUCCUCAUGAGGCGGAGACAGCUGGAGCCAUUAUGGCCUUCUUCUUGUCCCUAGGAUUGGCUCUGGGAGCGUCCCUCUCAUUCCUCUUCAGAGGCCUGGUCUAAAAUGGCACCCUGUAGAGAACAUAACCGAUAACCCAAACACGACCCAUAACACUUGCAUUGUAACAAAUUGUCAAAAAUGUAUUUGUUUCUUUUUUAAACAAGCAAUACUGAUUCACCUCAAAUCUGGUCUUCCAAAGAACAGAAGGUGGCAAGCAGCUUAAGGCCAGGAUUCAAUCCGAUAGCACUUUAUCGGCUAUGCGCUAUUUAAAGGUAAUUUUCCAAUUGAACUGACAUAUACAGCGUUUAUCGUGAAUGCGGUCUCCGCAAACGCCAGAACAUUACCUUUAACAGCCGAUAGUGUGAGGAUUUAUUUGUUUGACAGCUACCAAACUAACCAAAACUGAACUAAGUAGAGCGUUUGUGAAAUUAGGCAUCUACAGGUUCCUACUAUCCAUGGGAGAUAACAUUCUAUGCAAUUCAGUGCUUCCCUUUUGAUUCUGUAGUAUUCCAAUUUGAAUCCUUAUUAAGCUGAAUCCUUAUGAAGCCAUGAGCUCAAUACGAAGCAAGUCAAACACAAUUUAGGGCUAUAUUAACUGCCAUUUAUUGGCAAAUAUAUUUAAUCAGUAUGAGUGCAAUAGACAGUGUAUACAGUGUAAUCAUGAAUAACAUUACAACAAAGGGAUGACACAAUCCCUGCAAGAAAGUGAUGUGCAGUGUGCACUAUUAAAGAUAGACUCAGCAAGAUGACGUUGCAACAAGCAAUACCGCAGAUAUUGAGAUGAGCGCGAAUCUGCCAUUGGGGAGGCUGGUGGGAGGAGCUAUAGGAGGACAGGCUCAUUGUAAUGGCUGGAGUGGAAUUAAUGGAAUGGAGUCAAACAUGUGGUUUCCAUAUGUUUGAUCAAAUUUCAUUUAUUCAAUUCCAGCCAUUGCAAUGAGCCCGUCCUACUAUAGGUCCUCCCACAGUCUCCUCUGGUAUCUGCACAUGUGCAUGGGUGCGCUUCACACUGCCACAACGGGACCAAAACAGCUACGGGACCAAAACUGAAAAUAAGUUUAGCCUCGUGCAUCAACACUCUUAGUUGUUGUGGAAAUGUACCCAAUAUUGUGUUUACUUCGUGCAUGCAACGUCAUCUCACGAAGUCUACCUUUAGUCAUGUGCCCUAACAAGAGCUGACAAACACGGACAAAGCCAAAUCAGCUCCACGCCAUGGUCAUUUUGACAGCCUUCAUUUUGUUAAGAAAUGACUCAAAGAGCUCUGUUACAAUGACUGUCGUUGCAAACUGCCAUAUCUCCAUGAAUUUUUUAAAUGUUGCUUACAGUAGUGUAUUGUUAAUGUCUUAAUGGAGUGUCCCAAAAACAGUAUAGUUUCACUUUAAAUUACGACAGUAUGAUUAGCAGCCUUCAAAAAGCCUGCUUUACAGUAGCAGGAGAUGAGAACAAUAUCUCGAAGCUAUGCCUAGCGGGGUAUCACUUAAAUAUUAUGUGCUAAUAUUAUAAUAUUAUAAAUAUUAUGUGCUAAUGUACAUAUGUUACUGUGUAUAGCAAAUAAGAGUACACUACCUCUUCCAUUUUUGUAUAGCUUGAUAACUCAUGCCCCCAAUUUAAGCAUGUUUUUUUUUCUUUGCCAUUAUGAGAUAUGGAGGAAAGGGAAAGUAAUGCAGCAUUACUUUAAUGCUUCACUGCACUUUGUCAUUGUCACCUACUCUAUUCAAUGUCAUGUAAGAAUAACUGUACCAAAACGUCAAUAUGAACUUUGCAUAUAAAAAUGGAACCAUGUGUAUUUUUUCCAGGUUUUUAAUACAUAAAGUCAUUUAAUCAAACUUUAA